AUGGAGCCGUCGCCCCUCACCCAGCAGAGCAGACCUGAGGUGUUUCAACAAAAGAUCGUCGAGCUGUACGACGGACUCUUCAAGGAUGAAGAAGGCGGCGACAAAUCUGAGGGGUUUUGGACGGAGUUCUUCCUCCUCAAACCGGACCUUGCGACGCUGAGGCGCAAACUGGGUGGAUUGAGUCCCUCUGACCUGCUCAACCUUCAAAACCAAACACGAAGCUUAUUCUCUCGAGCAAUUAAAUGCAUCAAAACCGGAAGUGCUCCGGCAGAUACUCAUGCUCUCGAUACCCUUACAGUACUUUUGGCUUCAGUCUUGUCGAAGAAAUAUAACAACCCGAGUUCGGACAUUAUAAAUGUGCUUGCGGGCCUGGACGAAGUCGACUCUGUCGUUACGGAGUUCGUUGCGGUGCUGGAUAAUACAAUUCGGACAGGACGCUCUUUGGAUAUACGGCAAAAAGCCAUAGAAGUAACAUUAUCCCUGACAUCCGGCGCAUAUCAAACGAGUCUCCUCUCGUAUUUCACACAUAGGGACUUAUUCCCGUCGCUGAUGAAGUUUAUACAAGAUACUGAUUCUAUAACCCGAACUUUUGAACCAUUUACUCUGCUCGGAUUAUUAGCGAAUUACAAUAAGUUUGAGUUCCAAAAUCCGUACAGGUUACGGCUCGAGGAUUUCGUGAACGAGGCCGCAAUACAGAAGAUUAUCACAUCUACCGGCGCUACCUGCUCACGGUUACGCACAAAAUAUGUGGCCGUCCAGAAUGAUCUCCCAGAAGGAUGGUCACUCGCAUCAGCCUUCGGCAUGCUCGGUCUCGGCGGCUUAAUCGGUGCAAAGCCAGCAGCGCCAGUGAUCGACCCCGAAGUCGCCAAGAAGAUGUUCGCAGAACUUCCCGGCGCCGAAGCAGCCGUCCUCCUCGCCACCUACGACUUCGUCCACGCCAACAAGCUCUUCUGCUUCAACCUCGUGACCCUCGAGCUCGAGAACAAGCAAUCCGAACCCCCCAUCGCAAGCUUCAUAUCCCUAACAUCCUACCUCCUCGAGCACGCCUACAUCUCCACCCGCACCUCCCUCUACGCGCGCCUCAACCUCCUCACCAUCCGCCUCCUCGUCGAAGACCCCAGCCUCUGCAAACGCAUCUGCAGUCCUGAAAGCAAAACGCCAAUCCGUCUCUGCCGCCAGCGCUCCCCUUACCUCCCUCUAAUUCGCGGCGACCGCGUCCUCGCUACCGCCCUCAUAGAUGCCAUGAUUGACGGGAUCAACCAUAACCUCCGCCGCCGCCUUGACGUCGAUCUCUAUGCCCUCUUCCUUGAUAUCUUGCAGCGCCUGAUUGCGCAUCUGGCACGCACACGCACGCGCUUGCCCUAUCACUGGUCUGAGCUCUUCCGCUCCCUGCUAACGCUAAUCCGCUUCAUGGCUACAUACGCCGCAGAUCUAGCGGGACUGUCUCGCAUUGACGCGCUACAGGAUGCGUUGGUGAAUCUCAUCGCGCUGGCGCUGUCAGCGGGCGAAGCAUUCCUUCCCACGCCAGCAGCAUAUGAUGACCUCUUCUACAAGCUCGUAGAAACAGGUGACAUACUCGUCAAAUUCAGCGAAGCCUACGGACUAGCAAAGCGCCCCGGCUGCUCGAUCGGCACACUCGUGAGCGUCAGCGCGCAUUACAAGGAGCUCUUGAAAGACGGCGUUCGCGGGAGCGGAGUGCGGAAUCUGACGAGUGCGCAGGUGGCGCAGGUGAUUAAGCAGGGGUAUGAGACGUUGAGUAUUCAGACGAGGGAGGGGCUAGAUGGGUGGGAGAAGUAUAGGGAGGCGGAUGAGAGGGUGUUUUUGAAGAAGGUGGCGAGGGCGGCGGUGGCGGAUGCGAAGAUGUUGGUUGAUGCGCCGUGA